AUGGCGUGGCAAGCUCACAUUCCCGGAGCCUUCCCCAACCCCAACGGCGCCAGCAACGAGCACCCUUCGUACCUCCCGCCUCCCCGCCUGCCUUUGCAGAGUUCCUCCGCUUCAUGCGAUCCCGAGGAGGAGGGGGACGACACCAUGAAGGAUGACCCUCCCGAGGUUCCCCGGAGGAUGGCGAGCCCGAGAGCCCUCCCUACGGUGGUCCACGCGGCCGUCACCACCACCCCCAUCACCCCCAUCAUCGAGGUGGUCAUCGUCACGCCCGCGGAGGCCGCCACGGCCCGUUCCCCGACCAUGGCCCCCACCGCGGCCCCCAUCACCACGGACCCACUCCCCUCCCUUCCCUGGCGGCUUCGACCCUCCACCAUGUUCCAGCAGUUUGCCCACCACCCUUGGGCCCAUAACCUCCGAGAGUGGCUCGAUGCCGCUGGUCGCGGCCCCCGCCAAGCCGACCGCGAGUCCGGCGAGGGCUCAGACUCCAACUUCACCCCUCCCCUCGACAUCUUCGAGAACGAGUCCGGGUUCGUCCUACACCUCGCCCUUCCCGGCGUGAAGAAGGAGGACAUCAACGUCAACUGGAACUCUGACAAGAGCCGUCUCGAAAUCACCGGCAUCGUCCACCGCCCCGGCGACGAAGAGUUCCAACGUGGUCUCGUCACCUCGGAGAGACGCGUCGGCUACUUUGAGAGGUUCAUCACUCUACCACCGCAUGGCUGUGAAUCCAACGAUGACGUUGACGGCCUAGGCAUCACCGCCAAGGUAGAGGACGGCAUCCUUAUCAUCGUCGUCCCCAAGUCCGAGAAGGAGUGGACUGAGGUCCGCAAGGUCGACAUCGAAUAG